CGCUGAUAAUUUGAGUUUGAAGCUCCAAAUCACGAAUACUUGGAAUCUAUCUACUGUGCCAAAAUUUCUCAAAAUGUCGAAUUUGAUGAGCUCGACAACGAGCAAGAUAAUGUUAAUGGCUACAAGAGACUACUGUUUGACGAUAAACCCAAGCACGACCAGGGUUCUAACUUUCAACCGUCGUUUAACCUGCUCUGCCGCCGCAACGCCGAGGUUAGUUCCAAACCCACCUGACCUAAUCAAAUGGGUAAGAAGAGAAGGUGGUUUCGUCCACCCUUCUGUGAGAAUUGCAGAAUCCGGUCCAUAUGGGCUUGGAUUAAUCGCGUCUGAAGAAAUCCCUAAAGGGUCUGAACUAAUUGCCCUCCCGGAGCACAUCCCGUUGCGGUUUCCGGUAAAUGAUUCCGAUGGUGGAGAUGAAUCUUACUCCAAUUUGGUCAAUCUUACUCGUUACGUUCCUGAGGAAUUAUGGGCUAUGAAAUUGGGUUUAAAACUUCUUCAAGAGAGAGCUAAAACCGGUUCCUUUUGGUGGCCUUACAUCAGCAAUCUUCCCGAAUCUUUCACUCUUCCCAUUUUCUUUCCUGGAGAAGAUAUAAAGAACCUGCAAUACGCCCCUCUUCUUUACCAGGUGAAUAAGAGAUGCCGUUUUCUUCUUGAUUUUGAGAAAGAAGUGAGACGUGAAGUUGAAGAUGUGAAAUUACAAAAUCACCCUUUUGGAGGGCGAGAGGUAGACGCGUCUUCUCUAGGGUGGGCUAUGUCGGCUGUUUCUUCUAGAGCUUUCCGAUUACAUGGGGCAAAAACUGGAAAUCAUAGUGAUAAUAUUCCAAUGAUGCUUCCUCUUAUUGAUAUGUGUAAUCAUAGUUUUACCCCUAAUGCGGAAAUUGUUCAAGAACAAGGUUCAGGGGAUCCGAAGAUGCUAGUCAAGGUUGUUGCAGGGAUGAAUAUCAAAGAGCGUGAUCAUAUGACACUUAAUUAUGGUUGCUUGAGCAACGAUUUUUUCCUUCUAGAUUAUGGAUUUGUGGUGGCAUCAAAUCCUUAUGAUUGUAUUGAAUUAAAAUAUGAUGGAGGUCUUUUCGAUGCUGCUAGCAUGGCAGCUGGGGUUUCAAACCCUAAUUUCUCUUCACCUUCUUCGUGGCAAAAAGAAUUUUUAUCUAAAUUAAAUCUCGAGGGAGAACACGCUAUUCUUAAGGUAACACUAGGAGGGCCCGAAGUAGUAGAAGGGCGAUUAUUGGCUGCAUUAAGAGCACUCUUAACAAAUGAUGCUGAAUCGGUUCAGACAUGUGAUUUAAAUACGCUUAAAUCAUUGUCUGUUGAGGCCCCACUUGGAUUAGGAAAUGAAACAGCUGCUCUUCGGACACUUAUUGCAUUAUGUGUGAUUGCACUUAAUCACUUUCCCACAAAAAUAAUGGAAGAUGAAUCGAUUCUUGAAAAGGGUGUUUUGACCUCAACGGAAUUGGCUUUAAAAUUCAGGAUUCAAAAGAAAUCGGUGAUUAUAGAUGUCAUGAGAGAUCUUGCUAAAAGGGUCAAGUUACUUUCUUCUAAAGAAUCUCUCGUUUCUCAAAGUUAGAUGAUGUGAUGUGUUGUAUGAACAAAUUUGUUUUUCUUUUUGGGUGAUUGAAUUGUUUAAAUGAUGAUAAAUGACAGUUUUUUUUUUCUUUUAUCUAGAAUAAAUAAAUGGACUUUUGUUUUGUUGUC